UAACGUUACUUACAUAGUAGGUGUAGUAUAUAUAUCUAGAGAAGGAACCUGUUGGCAAUGGUUAACCUACCGGAAAGGCUAUUUGGCUUUGUCGUCUCAGCUCUUGCCUACUGUUUCUUUCAAUAUCAUCGUCAUCAAGACUCCAACCACCGUCACCCCAAAAGCUCCAACAACGACAAUAUCAGCUACAAAAUGCCCAAGACCAAGGCUCGACCGCUUUCUUUGCAGACAGUGGAGCUGAAAGUGAGGAUGUGCUGCAGUGGCUGCGAGAGAGUUGUCAAGGACGCCAUCCACAAACUCAGAGGGGUGGAUUCAGUAGACGUAGAGCUGGAGAUGGAGAAGGUGACAGUAAUUGGGUACGUGGAUCGAAACAAGGUGCUGACGGCGGUGAGAAGGGCGGGAAAGAGGGCAGAGUUUUGGCCCUAUCCAAAUCCCCCGCUCUACUUCACUUCCACCACCAACUACUUCAAGGACACCACCAGCGAUUUCAAAGAGAGCUACAACUACUGGAGGCACGGCUACAAUGCUGCCGACAGGCACGGCAGUCUUCCGGUCACUCAACGGGGAGACGACAAGGUCAGCAACAUGUUUAACGACGAUAAUGUAAAUGCCUGCUGUCUCAUGUAAUCUCAAUUUCCGAUAAUGUAAAGGCCACCCAGUUACUACUAUUCUAUAGUAUGUAUACAUGAUAUGUAUGUACCUGCCUACCUUACUACAAUCGAUGUAAAUGAUAACAAUAUGUUAAACUAA